UGACCGCAAUGGCCGCCGCGGCCCGGCCCGGCUCACCUGGCCCCGCCGGUACCGGCGCCUCCCGCUGCAGCCGCCGCGGGCAGCGCAUACCCCCCGCGCCCCUCAGCGCGGCUGGCCGGGCUGGGUGCCGCCGGCCCGGCGCGCUGCGGUUGCGGCUGCGGGGCGGGCCUGCCCCCGGUGCAUCCUCCCCCCUCGGAGCCGCGGCGGGCGGCGGGAUUCGCCCACAAUGCACCGCGCGCCGCACCGACAGCAUCAGCCUGACAUCACCCGCAGGCCGGCCCCCCGGCCCGGCCGGGCCCGCCCCGCGCCCGCCCCGCCGACACCGGCAACCGGCAACCGGCGUGGGGCCGGGAGCUGCACCGGCACCGGGCACAGCGCCGGCACCGCCAUCGGGCACCGCACCAGCACCGGCACCGGGCACUGAACCGGCACCGGGCACUGCACCAGGCACAGCACCGCCACCGGAACCGGUAAAUUGCUUGGAUCAACAUGUCGAAAAGUCUCCGAACAGAGUGGCUUUGAUCUGGGAGAGGGAUGAGCCUGGCACUGCAGUGCAUGUCACGUACAGGGAACUUCUGGAUCUGACUUGCCGUCUUGCCAACACCCUGAAGAAAUAUGGGAUACAGAAAGGGGACAAAGUGGCCAUCUAUAUGUCCGUGUCUCCCCUGUCUGUGGCGGCCAUGCUGGCUUGCGCCAGGAUUGGCGCCGUUCACACCGUGGUCUUCGCUGGAUUCAGCGCAGAGUCCUUGGCUGGGAGGAUCACGGACUCUGGCUGCAAGGCUGUUAUCACCUACAACCAGGGAGUCAGGGGAGGCCGAAUCAUAGAGCUGAAGGCGACGGUGGAUGAAGCUGUAAAGAACUGUCCAAGCAUCAAACACGUCUUUGUGGCUCAGAGGACAGAUAACAAGGUCCAGAUGGGAGACCGUGAUAUUCCGCUUGAGGAGGAGAUGGCCAAGGCAGCUUCUGUAUGCCCCCCAGAGAGCAUGGACAGCGAAGACAUGCUUUUCAUGCUGUACACCUCAGGCAGCACUGGGAAACCCAAAGGAAUUGUUCACAGCCAGGCUGGAUACCUGCUGUACGCUGCUCUCACGCACAAGUAUGUAUUUGACUACCAGCAAGGCGACGUUUUUGGCUGUGUGGCUGACAUUGGCUGGAUCACGGGACAUAGCUAUGUUGUGUACGGACCACUCUGCAACGGAGCCACCUCUGUCCUCUUCGAAAGCACUCCAGUGUACCCUGACCCAGGUCGUUACUGGGAAGUGGUACAAAGGUUGAAAAUUAAUCAGUUUUAUGGAGCACCUACGGCUAUACGCUUGCUGCUGAAUUAUGGAGAAGAGUGGGUGAAGAAAUAUGACAGAUCUUCCUUGAAGACCUUGGGAUCAGUGGGAGAGCCCAUCAACAACGAAGCGUGGCAGUGGUUCUACCAGGUGGUGGGAGAAGGGCGCUGCACGCUUGUGGACACGUGGUGGCAGACAGAAACUGGUGGCAUCUGCAUUGCCCCGCGGCCUUCAGAGGAGAAAGCUGAGAUCGUUCCGGCUAUGGCUAUGAGACCUUUCUUUGGGAUUGUGCCCGUGCUGAUGGAUGAGAACGGGAAGGUUAUAGAGGGCAAUGAUGUGUCCGGCGCGCUCUGCAUUGCCCAGCCGUGGCCUGGCAUGGCAAGGACGAUCUAUGGAGAUCACCAGCGGUUUGUUGACGCCUAUUUCAAAGCCUACCCAGGUUACUACUUCACGGGGGAUGGUGCUUACAGGACCAAGAAAGGCUAUUACCAGAUAACGGGGCGCAUGGACGAUGUCAUUAACAUCAGCGGGCACAGGCUGGGCACAGCAGAGAUAGAAGAUGCAAUGGCCGAUCACCCCGAGGUCCCCGAGACAGCCGUGAUUGGGUAUCCACACAAGAUCAAAGGAGAAGGUGCCUUUGCUUUCAUAGUAGUAAAGGAGCAGACAGCUCAUAUAGACCGUGUCAAAGAAGAGCUCAAAACCAUUGUGGCUUCCAAGAUAGCAAAAUACGCUGUGCCCGACCACAUUCUGGUGGUAAAACGUCUUCCUAAAACCCGAUCAGGGAAGAUCAUGAGGAGGCUGCUGAGGAAAGUAGUCACUGAACAAUCAGGCAACAUGGGAGAUGUCACCACACUUGAUGAUCCAAAUGUUGUCAAGGAGAUACUGGAUGCUUACCAGAAGUACAAGGAGAAGAGCUCCUCAUAAUAGGCAGCUCUGGGAUCUCUCACCUCUGGAAAUACGGCAGGUCUCAAAUGACCAGGCAAACAAGAUGGUUCUCUCUUGGUGUUUUUUCAAAAACUGUGUUCCUUUCUAGGGGAACAAGAUUUUCCGCUCCACAGUGUGUUCUGAGAUGCACAGAGCUAGGAGCAAUCUGCAGUUUUGCAGUCAGUGAGCUCCCUUCCAUUGCCUUUAGUGCUGUUGCAGAGCAGCCAUUGCUGGUUUCCAUUAGCUGUGAUGAAGUUUAAUAUUAGCUGAGGCGAGAUGGAGAUGUUACUGUUUUCUGAUUUUAAUGUUUUUAUACAUGGGGAAAUGUUUUUAUACAAUACUUUUGCUGUUUUAAAAGAAGCCCUGGAAUACACUUCUUCAAUUUUUCCUUCAGCUUGGCUAUCUGAGCUCAAGUAGCUGUAUUUCACCUCAACUGUGGUGCCUUUUCAGCAAUGCUGAGUAUUCUCGAUGCUUCACGUGUGCUGUUAGGGAGGUGAGGAGGACACGGCUAGUCUGGUAAUUCUUUCUCGUGUUUACCCAGUUGUUUUAACACCUCCUUCAGCUUUCCUCACAAGGAUUUGUUCCUACCACUAUACGUCCUGGGGCUCGCCAGAGAUGGUGAGUCUGCGUCCCUUCGUGUCCCACCUAGGCAACCCAGCAUUAGCACUUAGAGCUGCAAAACUGAGCCACAAAGCCUGCCCCUGCCCUUCCUCCAUGUCCUCGGUGCAUCGCGUAGGAGGGGUCUGGUCCCACAUUCUGCCUUGAGAAACUGAGGUCACCAACUGGGCUUUUGAGGUAACGGUCCUCUUCCUCCUCGGUGGUGACAGCUGGGUCUGUGUUGUCCGUUGUGGUUCACUUCUGCAUGUUAGCAGUGGUGGCCUCCAACUGGUGGAUCUUCGUUGCCAGCUGGUGCUUUGUGCCUUUGCUUCCUGAAGCUGCUGUGCAAAGUGACGAUGUUUGCUUGCUGUCUGUCAGAGAAGCCUUGGGAAACAAAAUCCCGAAGUGCUCAAGAGAGGUUUGAAGCUGAGAGAGGUGUGCUGGAGGGUUCGUUGUGACUUGCCGGGCUGUGUGUUUUCUGAGGAAUGGUUAUUUUAGCCCACCCCCAGAUGGCUUGUAAACCUCGUUUGUUCCAACAAAGACAGGCACCCAGUUUGGAGGUAGGUUGGUUCUCCCUGUCGAAGUUGUGACUUAACGCUUAUCAAGUUGGGCCCUGCCAUGUCUGCCCCUUCCACGCGCUGUCGUGCUGGUCUUCCAAAGACUUAAGUGCCAGGUGGGUACCUGCAAAUUGCAGAGUUCACCAGGAGGGAGGAAGUGCCUCUUAGACGCCUUCUGGAAAGGGAUUUCAGACCAGCCAUCUCCGAGUAGCAGGGAACAAUAGCCUUUCUCUUUUGUAUGCUUUCAAAAUUGCAACUAGUAUAGUCAGUGUUUUAUUUCCGGGCUCGUUUUAUUCUGAACACGUUUUGAUUGAAGCACUCCUUAUAUUUGGGCUGUUCAGAAGAAUUUGUUAGUAGGUCUCCUGUCCACUACUGUGCCACUGAAGGUCAUGGAAAAGCCCGUAGGUGCCAAAUGCCUUUGAGGCUCCUGCCACUGCUGAAUUUGGUUUAUGCUGGCCGAGGUGUUCAGAGUGGUUGGAGGGGCCACGGAGCACGCCAGGAAAGCGUGGCAGGGGACUCCUCUCCUCUCCCUGGGUGCAAAAGCUGAAGGUACACACUAGUGUAGCGUGUAGAGCGCUGGGAGCGUGCGCCACAAGGGCUCAGGCAGAGCUUCUCCAUCUUAACCUGCCGAAGCCAAGUGGCUGCUACCCACCCGUGUGCUGCUGUGGCUGCAGUCACUCCACCACGCUUCGCAGCCCUGCCUCUGUCUUGCUCAGAUGACAGGCUGCUUAGUUUCACGGAGCUGCGUCUUUCGGCCUGCCGAACCCCCGAGUCACAGGCAGAGUCGCCAGGUUUUGCCCCAGUGUCACAGGGGUGACUUACUGAUGAAUUUAACUGGAGCAGCACUGCCUUUUCCAGUGGAACUGUGUACUGGAAAGACAAUCUGUCCACCUAACUGGAGGCAGGGAUGGCAGGAAGGGAAUGGCUAGGUGAUCCUGGAGGACUGGGGGAGGAGGGGUGACUUUUUUGGCCAGCAGAAAUUUUGGUACCAAGUGGGGAAGCAGGCUGCUCACAGUACGAUGUGCUCUCAAAGACAGGUGUGUUGUCUUAGGUCCCAGAGCUCCUCUGAGUACGCCAGCUGUAUUUGCUGGUUUGGUUGGUUGGGUUUUUGUGUUUGGUUUUUUUUUUUGGUUUGUUUUUUUUUUUUUUUUUUUAAUGUCUUUGGGGACUGGGUAAUACAGUAGGGAAUAUUGUGCUUCGUUAAAAUUUCCAUCCUUCUGACUGCAGUCCAUUUUUGCUUAGGGUAAGUAGACAGCCUAUGGACUUUGUGGGAAGUUGAAGAUCAGAAUGUUUGAUAGAGUUCACAGGAUGUUAAUAUUUUAGGAGGCAGCCACUACAUAUAUCCUUUAAUGCCAUUGCAAAAGAAAAAAAACUUGCUUAAGUGAUUUUUCAACUGAGAAGCAGCCAGGAGUUAGUGGUGCUUUUUACAGAAAAAGUAGACUCCCUUGUUUAAACAAGUCGCCUCUGUGCAAUCUGAAAUACAGUGUGGAGAAAGAAAAAUUUACUUUUGAACAAGAUUACACACUUUCUUUUUAGUCAAGAAAGCACUUCCUAUACUAUGGAUAUAGAAUAUCCAUGUCCUGUUGACCUGAAAUUUCCAUGCUAAGGUGUGACUGAGUGGUCGUAGGUGCAUGGUCUAAUUCAGAUGAGCUGCCUCGUGAAGGCUAGCUGUGUGAGGGGCAUCGUGGCAUUCAUCACACAACUCCUCUGCUCAGGGAAAAUGGGAGGUGGGUGCUCUCCUUCACCUGCAGCCCCGUCGGCUCGACUUGCACGGGCUUGGGGACCACGGCUGCCAGGGAGGUUGCAGACUGACCAGGCAGCUGCAGCACUCCAGUAAAUUCACAGCCGUGCCAGCUGUGGUGUGGACGGACUGUAAUUACAAGCCAGCCUCAUACUGUGAACUUCUUAAGCCUUACAAGCACCUUUGCUGAGAUUAUGGCACCAGCACAUGCAAGCUUAGAGAGCGGCGUGUCUGCCGUCCAGUACCAUGAUGCCUGCUCUCGUUCCUCCUUGCGCAGUCCUGCAGCUGUGGCCCCUGGGGUGUCCCUCUGCUCAGAGGUCCCCGCCGGGUACUCCAAGAGAGACUGUGGUGCUGUCGUGCUGCCCACGUCAUGUUCUGGGGCGGACACAGCGUCUGCUGGGCAGCCUCAGCCUCCAUCUCUGCUGGUAGACCUGCACUUUGCAAGCACACCGGCAUCAGCUCUGGGAGCCAAACGCCGUGCUCAGUUCAUCUAAUAGCACCCUGACGCUGGUGGAAACGGCUAGGCAGGCCUUGGAACUGGCACUUCUUCCAAAAGGAAGAAUAUCGUGCUUCACUGGGUAGGCUACUCUUAGAAAUCUCUGAGCAGAUGAAAUUUUCCAGCCGGCCAAGUGCCCCCAUGAUCUCCGCCAACUUCAGCGGUUGCAUCUUCAGUGCAAGCCCGAGUCGAGCUUUGCAUUUGUGGCAUUCCCUGGUGGCAACAGUGCUCUCUGCUUUGCAUGCAGUAGUCUCACGCCCCAGCAGGCUGCUUGCUCAGGAAAGGGUUCAGUCUGCAGAACUGGAAGGAGGUAGCUUGCGAAAGCCUCCAGUCUUAAGAGCUGAUCUUCACUAAUCGGGGAAGGAGGUAAUGGUAGAUGGAAUACUUUACGCUGGGAUCGUGGGACAAACUUGGGGGUAAUUGCUUCGUUCAGGAAAGCAGAACUUUUGAAUUCUUCUAAACCUUUGUGUGUCCGUGAGUCACAUGUGUGUUAUUUUCCAGAUUGCCUUUGUAGCUUCAUUAAAAGAGAUCCAGAGUCGAUUUUGCCUGUUGCAGUUUGUUGCAAAGGGCAAAUGUGCUUGCUUUCCCCACUCCCCACUCGGUUUUGCCGGUGAGACCUGGUCAUGGUGCCUUUUCCUCUGCUGGAGACACACACCAUGAUUUUCUGAAUUUUAGAAAGGGAAAUUCCAUCUUUCUAGAGAUGAGGUGUGUGUUGUACAGUCUGAUGUUAAGCCUUUAAUUUCAUUUUGUUUUCUUUUAAUCAUGCUUUAAACACAUUUAUUGUACUUAACCAAAACCAGUUUCUUCAAUGAUCUCUGUAUUCAUAUUUUCAUUAAAGGAAAUAUCUUUCUUUGUGUGAUGGGAUGCCUUUGCAUCAUACACGUCUGGCCCUCCAUCCCCUAAAGGGUCAGGGACUUCCUCAGUUCUUUGGACUUGCUUCUGCCUGUCCUGACCAUUUUAGUCUGCCAGCGCAGACCAAAGAAAGGUGAAGGAGUUUGAGAUGAGUCAUCUUGUGGUCCAAAUUGCUGGUUUGCUUUGUUGCUUUUCUCUAAAUAGUAGCUCACAGGGAAUGAAUUACCAUCAGAAAACUGCCACUGCAAAACAACUCAAAAGGUUGAAAAACAAUCAUUUGCAUGUCAGUAAACUGCAUGUCCUGAGGUCCCACUCUAUGAUAGUUUUCCUGUGUGAUGCAAACUGAGAACAAUUAGUGGCAACAAUUAGUUACCGUUAGUUAAUAGGGAUGGUUCAGCUACUAAUCUUGUUUUGUGCACAGCAUGCACAAGUAGAAAAGGAGUGAAAAUGGGAUGUGUGUGGGGAACAUGAGAGACGGCACUGUGUAGAGCGUGAGUGUGUAGCUGUCCCGGAGCUGAGCAGAGGAGAAGAAAUUUGUUUCCAGGUGCCACGGAUCGGCUGCCAGUGCUGGGAACACACCUUUUGGGGUGGAAAUAGUCACCGCUAUGCAAAAUUACCAGCCUACAAACGUUGGUACCGAACCACCUGCCACAGCAGCUUUUCCACUCUUGCUUCUCUUCUGUAGCUGGUGUGUGUCUGCCUGGGCUCCCUCUGUCUGCAGUGGCAUUUACUUUGGCUUUUUGGCCUCUUAAAGCUGGGAGAGUGGAAACCCAGCGCUCUCGAGUCCUCACCCUGCACCUGGCACACAGAAGACUCAAUUAAAUUUAUUUUUCUAC